AUGGUGAGUGAUGAUAAUGGAGAGGCUUUCUAUUCUGAGAGUAGCCAUGGUUCUGAGGAUAGCGGAGAUGAUUCUGAUGACAGUGAAUUCAAUGUGUAUGAGUCUAACAUACAAUUUGAUGUAGAUGUAGACAUGAGGGAAUUCCAUAAUGUUGUUGACGUAGAUGAACAUGGAAUCUUGAACAAUCAUUCAAAAUAUGAAGGGAAUGCCAUGGUUGAUGAUGAGUUGGAAGUUAUUGCCACCGAUGAUUAUCAAUUUGCAGGAUUUCAUGAAGAUGAUAGGAAGAGACUGCUAGAAGAGUUGAGUAAGUCAAGUACAUGCUCACAUGGAGAGGUUCAUGUAAAACCAUUUCAAAUUGGCCAGGUCUUCAAAACCAAUCGUGAUGUUAAAAACUACAUGAACUCACACGCUAUACAAACAAGGAGUGCAGGAUGA